AUGAAAGACGACAAAUGCAGGAAUCUCGUAGGGGGCACGGUAUCCAAUAUUGGUGUUGCCCAGCUUCCUGCACAAGCAGCAGCAGCAGCAGCAGCUGCAGCUGCAGCUGCCUGGAGCAAAGUCCAGACCAAACCCACGUCCGGUUUCCCACCACGGACGCCACCACUCAAAGAAACAAACACCCUCGAAAACAACUCAGAAACUGCGAUGCUCACGUGCACCACCGUGCGUUCACGAGCCACGUGCAACAGCUGCGCGCACCUGGCCUACUCAGUACUGUGUUCUGUGAUCGCACAGUUGAGUGUAGAUGAAAAACCAGCAGCGACUGAAAAGUCACGGACACCAACAGUCACGGACACCAACAGUCACGGACACCAACAGUCACGGACACCAACAGUCACGGACACCAACAGUCACGGACACCAACAGUCACGGACACCAACAGUCACGGACACCAACAGUCACGGACACCAACAGUCACGGACACCAACAGUCACGGACACCAACAGUCACGGACACCAACAGUCACGGACACCAACAGUCACGGACACCAACAGUCACGGACACCAACAGUCACGGACACCAACAGUCACGGACACCAACAGUCACGGACACCAACAGUCACGGACACCAACAGUCACGGACACCAACAGUCACGGACACCAACAGUCACGGACACCAACAGUCACGGACACCAACAGUCACGGACACCAACAGUCACGGACACCAACAGUCACGGACACCAACAGUCACGGACACCAACAGUCACGGACACCAACAGUCACGGACACCAACAGUCACGGACACCAACAGUCACGGACACCAACAGUCACGGACACCAACAGUCACGGACACCAACAGUCACGGACACCAACAGUCACGGACACCAACAGUCACGGACACCAACAGUCACGGACACCAACAGUCACGGACACCAACAGUCACGGACACCAACAGUCACGGACACCAACAGUCACGGACACCAACAGUCACGGACACCAACAGUCACGGACACCAACAGUCACGGACACCAACAGUCACGGACACCAACAGUCACGGACACCAACAGUCACGGACACCAACAGUCACGGACACCAACAGUCACGGACACCAACAGUCACGGACACCAACAGUCACGGACACCAACAGUCACGGACACCAACAGUCACGGACACCAACAGUCACGGACACCAACAGUCACGGACACCAACAGUCACGGACACCAACAGUCACGGACACCAACAGUCACGGACACCAACAGUCACGGACACCAACAGUCACGGACACCAACAGUCACGGACACCAACAGUCACGGACACCAACAGUCACGGACACCAACAGUCACGGACACCAACAGUCACGGACACCAACAGUCACGGACACCAACAGUCACGGACACCAACAGUCACGGACACCAACACACGGACACCAACAGUCACGGACACCAACAGUCACGGACACCAACAGUCACGGACACCAACAGUCACGGACACCAACAGUCACGGACACCAACAGUCACGGACACCAACAGUCACGGACACCAACAGUCACGGACACCAACAGUCACGGACACCAACAGUCACGGACACCAACAGUCACGGACACCAACAGUCACGGACACCAACAGUCACGGACACCAACAGUCACGGACACCAACAGUCACGGACACCAACAGUCACGGACACCAACAGUCACGGACACCAAGCAGUCACGGACACCAGCAGUCACGGACACCAAGCAGUCACGGACACCAAGCAGUCACGGACACCAAGCAGUCACGGACACCAAGCAGUCACGGACACCAACAGUCACGGACACCAAGCAGUCACGGACACCAACAGUCACGGACACCAGACAGUCACGGACACCAGCAGUCACGGACACCAGCAGUCACGGACACCAGCAGUCACGGACACCAAGCAGUCACGGACACCAAGCAGUCACGGACACCAGCAGUCACGGACACCAGCAGUCACGGACACCAAGCAGUCACGGACACCAGCAGUCACGGACACCAGCAGUCACGGACGACCAGCAGUCACGGACAGCCAGCAGUCACGGACACCAGCAGUCACGGACACCAGCAGUCACGGACACCAGCAGUCACGGACAGCCAGCAGUCACGGACACCAGCAGUCACGGACAGCCAGCAGUCACGGACAGCCAGCAGUCACGGACAGCCAGCAGUCACGGACGCCAGCAGUCACGGACAGCCAGCAGUCACGGACGCCAGCAGUCACGGACGCCAGCAGUCACGGACGCCAGCAGUCACGGACGCCAGCAGUCACGGACGCCAGCAGUCACGGACGCCAGCAGUCACGGACGCCAGCAGUCACGGACGCCAGCAGUCACGGACGCCAGCAGUCACGGACGCCAGCAGUCACGGACGCCAGCAGUCACGGGACGCCAGCAGUCACGGACGCCAGCAGUCACGGACGCCAGCAGUCACGGACGCCAGCAGUCACGGACGCCAGCAGUCACGGACGCCAGCAGUCACGGACGCCAGCAGUCACGGACGCCAGCAGUCACGGACGCCAGCAGUCACGGACGCCAGCAGUCACGGACGCCAGCAGUCACGGACGCCAGCAGUCACGGACGCCAGCAGUCACGGACGCCAGCAGUCACGGACGCCAGCAGUCACGGACGCCAGCAGUCACGGACGCCAGCAGUCACGGACGCCAGCAGUCACGGACGCCAGCAGUCACGGACGCCAGCAGUCACGGACGCCAGCAGUCACGGACGCCAGCAGUCACGGACGCCAGCAGUCACGGACGCCAGCAGUCACGGACGCCAGCAGUCACGGACGCCAGCAGUCACGGACGCCAGCAGUCACGGACGCCAGCAGUCACGGACGCCAGCAGUCACGGACGCCAGCAGUCACGGACGCCAGCAGUCACGGACGCCAGCAGUCACGGACGCCAGCAGUCACGGACGCCAGCAGUCACGGACGCCAGCAGUCACGGACGCCAGCAGUCACGGACGCCAGCAGUCACGGACGCCAGCAGUCACGGACGCCAGCAGUCACGGACGCCAGCAGUCACGGACGCCAGCAGUCACGGACGCCAGCAGUCACGGACGCCAGCAGUCACGGACGCCAGCAGUCACGGACGCCAGCAGUCACGGACGCCAGCAGUCACGGACGCCAGCAGUCACGGACGCCAGCAGUCACGGACGCCAGCAGUCACGGACGCCAGCAGUCACGGACGCCAGCAGUCACGGACGCCAGCAGUCACGGACGCCAGCAGUCACGGACGCCAGCAGUCACGGACGCCAGCAGUCACGGACGCCAGCAGUCACGGACGCCAGCAGUCACGGACGCCAGCAGUCACGGACGCCAGCAGUCACGGACGCCAGCAGUCACGGACGCCAGCAGUCACGGACGCCAGCAGUCACGGACGCCAGCAGUCACGGACGCCAGCAGUCACGGACGCCAGCAGUCACGGACGCCAGCAGUCACGGACGCCAGCAGUCACGGACGCCAGCAGUCACGGACGCCAGCAGUCACGGACGCCAGCAGUCACGGACGCCAGCAGUCACGGACGCCAGCAGUCACGGACGCCAGCAGUCACGGACGCCAGCAGUCACGGACGCCAGCAGUCACGGACGCCAGCAGUCACGGACGCCAGCAGUCACGGACGCCAGCAGUCACGGACGCCAGCAGUCACGGACGCCAGCAGUCACGGACGCCAGCAGUCACGGACGCCAGCAGUCACGGACGCCAGCAGUCACGGACGCCAGCAGUCACGGACGCCAGCAGUCACGGACGCCAGCAGUCACGGACGCCAGCAGUCACGGACGCCAGCAGUCACGGACGCCAGCAGUCACGGACGCCAGCAGUCACGGACGCCAGCAGUCACGGACGCCAGCAGUCACGGACGCCAGCAGUCACGGACGCCAGCAGUCACGGACGCCAGCAGUCACGGACGCCAGCAGUCACGGACGCCAGCAGUCACGGACGCCAGCAGUCACGGACGCCAGCAGUCACGGACGCCAGCAGUCACGGACGCCAGCAGUCACGGACGCCAGCAGUCACGGACGCCAGCAGUCACGGACGCCAGCAGUCACGGACGCCAGCAGUCACGGACGCCAGCAGUCACGGACGCCAGCAGUCACGGACGCCAGCAGUCACGGACGCCAGCAGUCACGGACGCCAGCAGUCACGGACGCCAGCAGUCACGGACGCCAGCAGUCACGGACGCCAGCAGUCACGGACGCCAGCAGUCACGGACGCCAGCAGUCACGGACGCCAGCAGUCACGGACGCCAGCAGUCACGGACGCCAGCAGUCACGGACGCCAGCAGUCACGGACGCCAGCAGUCACGGACGCCAGCAGUCACGGACGCCAGCAGUCACGGACGCCAGCAGUCACGGACGCCAGCAGUCACGGACGCCAGCAGUCACGGACGCCAGCAGUCACGGACGCCAGCAGUCACGGACGCCAGCAGUCACGGACGCCAGCAGUCACGGACGCCAGCAGUCACGGACGCCAGCAGUCACGGACGCCAGCAGUCACGGACGCCAGCAGUCACGGACGCCAGCAGUCACGGACGCCAGCAGUCACGGACGCCAGCAGUCACGGACGCCAGCAGUCACGGACGCCAGCAGUCACGGACGCCAGCAGUCACGGACGCCAGCAGUCACGGACGCCAGCAGUCACGGACGCCAGCAGUCACGGACGCCAGCAGUCACGGACGCCAGCAGUCACGGACGCCAGCAGUCACGGACGCCAGCAGUCACGGACGCCAGCAGUCACGGACGCCAGCAGUCACGGACGCCAGCAGUCACGGACGCCAGCAGUCACGGACGCCAGCAGUCACGGACGCCAGCAGUCACGGACGCCAGCAGUCACGGACGCCAGCAGUCACGGACGCCAGCAGUCACGGACGCCAGCAGUCACGGACGCCAGCAGUCACGGACGCCAGCAGUCACGGACGCCAGCAGUCACGGACGCCAGCAGUCACGGACGCCAGCAGUCACGGACGCCAGCAGUCACGGACGCCAGCAGUCACGGACGCCAGCAGUCACGGACGCCAGCAGUCACGGACGCCAGCAGUCACGGACGCCAGCAGUCACGGACGCCAGCAGUCACGGACGCCAGCAGUCACGGACGCCAGCAGUCACGGACGCCAGCAGUCACGGACGCCAGCAGUCACGGACGCCAGCAGUCACGGACGCCAGCAGUCACGGACGCCAGCAGUCACGGACGCCAGCAGUCACGGACGCCAGCAGUCACGGACGCCAGCAGUCACGGACACACUUCUGGUACUGGACGCGACGGGGCGUCGGGACCCACGAAGAGAGGCAGCGUCUCCUGACGCUGCGUCGACGGCUGCUGAGUGGGCGCCAGACAAGGCGCUGCGGUGUCAGACUCCUUGGGGGUGCCCAAGGAAAGCGGCUGCAGGACAGGCUGCACAGCCACCGCUUGGGAAGGCGGCCCGGCUGAGGGGUCGACGUCCAUCAGCUCCGAAGGCGGUGGCGACUGAAGAGGGACCGCAGGCGCCGGAGCGACCACCUGGGGCGCUCCCGGAUGAAGCUGCGCGGGAGGCAUCAACGGGACGGGCUGUCGGCGUGGUAGCGGCGACGGCUGCUGCUGCUGCCCUGGGGGCGGCAGCGAAGUCGGAAGGCGCGGCUGGAACCCGCCGCGGACCAAAUCUGUGGACAAAGAACGAGCGGCAGAAUCCGGGCGGCCAGCGCGGCGCAACUGGUUCUGAUGCCUCCUGUGCAGCCCAGUAG